UUCCCUUAGGCUAUGAUGGUUGGCGCGCUCUGGCUAUGGGUGGACGCAUUGAAGUGUGUGUGUGUGUUCAGGUGUGCGUGUCAGCCUUGGAGCUCAGAGGAUAGUCAGCGCCCGGACAGUGUGGCAGGCGAAGAGCAGGUCGGAGCUCUCUGAGGGGGCCCUAACCGCUGACCAUGGGGCCAACGCACUGAGUGGGGCCCCCCCGACGAAAUACAAUAACCAAAGAGGGACGGAAAAUAACCACGAAAAAGAAGAAAAGGCUAAACGAAAAAAGACACAGAGAGCUGAAAAAAUGGUUGCAGAGGAAGUGAUAAUCACAUUGUCCGGUGGAGCGCCAUGGGGGUUUCGUCUCCAGGGAGGUGUGGAACAUCAGAAACCACUCCAGGUGGCUAAGGUUCGUAAACGCAGCAAGGCAUGCAGAGCUGGACUGCGAGAGGCAGAUGAGCUGGUGUCCAUCAACGAGCAUUCGUGUGGGACGCUCUCCCAUGCCCAGGCAAUGAACCUCAUUGAUGGCUCCACUGGAAUAUUACACAUCCGGGUCAAAAGGGCACCUGCUGCUUUUCAGUCUGUGGUGCUUAUGACCCGUGCUCCAUCUCCCCGUAUUGACAAAGAGUACCGUGCUGCUCUGCGAGCCAUGUCACCAACUCAGGCCCACCAUGCACCCGUUCGUGAGGUCCACCGUAGCCGCUCCUCUCUAACUAGUGGAUUGACAUCUCCACCUGGUAGUGAAGCUUACUAUGGUGAGACCGACAGCGAUGCAGAUGUGGCGGGCUAUGAAAGGCAGCGCCGGCAGAAGCGCCGCAGCCCCAGCAACUCAAACCCUGGGAAACCAACAGGGCGAACUUCUCCUGAGGGUGGAGAGACAUCAGAGAUGAGCGGCUAUGACAGUGCUCCAGAUGCACAUGUUUACCCCCGUUUGCUGGAUGGACGUGGGGGUGAUGGAGAUGGAGAUGGAGGAGGGGGGCUACCAGGAGUGGCGAGAAGGGAGGUGAUUUACCAACCUCCUGCUUCAGGAAUGUGGUCCUCCCAGACAUCCACUGAGACGUCCUCCAUUAUCUCCUCAGCAGAUGACCAGGGUGCACGGGAUGCUGCUCAAGAGGAGGAUAGUGGCUUUCUAGAGCCAUCCAAUGUGCCACUAGUAUCCCCUGAGAGGGCAAAAGAAGCUCUGAUGCUGGGCUCCCGCAGCCAGCUUGUACCCAUGGUAGGUCCUGUGAAUAAACCCAUUGAUGAGGAGCUUACAACAACCUACAUGGAAAAGGCCAAGCAAGCCAAACUGAACCGAGGUGAUACACAGCAAGACAAACAGGUAAAGGAAGCAAAAAGCAAGUGUCGAACAAUUGCAUCCCUUCUGACAGAUGCCCCAAACCCUCACUCCAAGGGUGUGUUGAUGUUCAAGAAAAGGAGACAGCGCUCUAAGAAGUACACCCUUACCAGCUUUGGUAGUGUUGAUGAGGACAGGUGUCAGGACUCACAAGAGGAAGAUGGGGUAUUCCCUGGCAGUGAAUCUGAGUUUGAUGAAGAUGGCUUCUCAUCAGUUCCUGACCCAACUUGGGAUAGUGACUACUUGGAUAUGCUGGAAAAGAGGGCAACUGCAGGCACUGAAGGCCGUGGGGAUGGAGCAGAAGAUGCUCCAAGUCCAGGUUUGAGUGACAAAGCAGGUAAGGGCGCCCAGUUGUUUGAGCAGCAAAGAAAGAGGGUCGCUGAGCAUGCCAAGAAGGUUGAGGCAGCACAACCACAGGCCCCUCCUCAGUUUCAAGUCCAGGAGAAGUCUCAGAUAUGUCAGUUGAAUCCAGAAAUGCAAUCACAAACACAACCACACCUCCAGCCUCAGCAGAUAAUACCACCUGGCCCUACAUUCUCACAGCCAACGCUAGCACAAGCUCCAGGUCCAGUUGCUGUUGCAGCCAAUGCAAUAUCUAGUGGGGACCUGCCAUGCUCUGCAGUUAGCACUGUUAGCAUGGAGAUGUCAUCUCCAACUGUGGCACCCAAACCAGCCACAGCCAUAGUGACUGUUCUAAACAGUCCCACACUAUCAGCUGAAACACCAACACCAGAACUAUCUUCGAGUAAUGUUCUCAACAGAACAGCACGUCCUUUUACCCCAGGUUUCAUUAGCAUUCGGUCUGCGACUGCUCCAGUAACGUUCCGACCACCUGUCACCAAGACUUCUCAGCGUCCUGCCUCAGCAGCUGUUGUCCCACCACCAUUCACCCCUGCCUCUGAACAAACUGUUAAUGCUGUAUCAGUAAACCCACUUCUACCCCCUGGUCCUCCAUCAGUGCUAUCCCCACCGUCUUCCAUACGGCAGGGUCCCUUGGCCCUAACACCAGAGGUUCCUGUUACUUUUCACCCUCCGGCCCUUUCACUCUCUGUAGAUACAGUGCAGUCAUCACCACCAGUAACUACAGUUCAACAGGCUCCAUUUGUAACCCAAGUGUCUGUACCUUCAGUACCGCCACCCCCACAAGCCCUAAUGGUUUCACCCCCAAUUCUUUCUAAAUCUCAAAUUCCUGGCACAGCUGACCCAGUUGUACCAUUACCUCAACGUCAAGCAUCAGUUGCUCAGUCACCACCACCUCAAUUUUCCAUGGCACAUAUAGCUCCAGUAUCAGUGGUCUCCCAGCCUGAAGCUGUAGCUCCAACCCCUGUUCCUGCUGGAACAAAUCGCACAGGAAUCUUACUUGAGGCUAGACGGCGUAGUGGAAAACCCAAACCUAUGUUUAAUGUGCCAGAUGUCAAAAAGAACUCACCUAAUCCUGAACUGUUGUCUAUGGUGCAGAACCUGGACGACAGGUCCACCCGACACAAAUAUGGCCAACCACCGAGUGAGGUUAUCUAUGAUGGUGCAGAGGAAGAGAGGAGUGGUGAGGCUAGUACAGGGAGGAUGCCUCCACCAGUGGCACCCAAGCCUAGGGUCAUUCAUGAGACCCCACAGAUUCUUCAGGCAGGGGGAAAGGGGGCCCAACUGUUUGCCCGUAGGCAGAGCCGCAUGGGUAUGUAUGUAGUGGACACCCCACCUGAGACCCCGUACCAGCAAGAAGUGCCCUUGCAUAGCGCAGGCCAACCCACUGACUCCUUCAGUCCUACCCAUCCUUCACAGUGGAAAUACUCCCCAAAUGUCCGUGCGCCGCCACCUAUUGGGUACAACCCACUCUUGGGCCCCUCUAUCCCUACAGGGCCCCAGAGGGAUACAAGCAAGCCUGACAACAGGGGUAGAGGAGGUUCCCAAAGAGAGGGCAUCAAGGCUCUGGAUUUCAUGAGAAGGCAGCCCUAUCAGUUAAACUCUGCAAUGUUCAACUAUGGGGGCAGUGCUGCUAAUCUAUCAGCAAUGCCGUCUUACCAGGCCCAGCACGGUGACUACACAGCAACAAUGGUGGGCAGCUCAUUGAUCUCACCUAGGCAGAUCCCCGUUAAAACAGCCCGUGUCUACGAGGUCAAGCGGUUCUCCACACCCACACCCAUGUCAGCACCUUCUCUGGCUCCCAAAGUCAUUGCCCCUCGAUCAGCCACUACCCUUGGAGAGCGGUUGUCUCAUUCUGGCAUGAUCUCACCACCUCCUGCUCUUUUCACACCGACUCCAGCCCAUCUCUUGACACCAGCACCUGUCAGUGCUCAGACCCCAGCUUCUCCUCCUUCCCAAAUAGGUGGACUGCCCAACCUCCCAAAAUUUUCUGCUGUCCCAAACCCUGUGCCUCAUGCGGUUCCUACGCCUUAUGCUCCGGUAUCAUACACCACUGGACUUCAAACGGCUAAGCAGUUCCAGAGUGCUCCUGAGCUCAGUAUCCUUGCCUCUUUGCCCCCACUCAAGCCUAACCCAGUUCAGGCACCCAAACCACGUUUUGUUGCCACCAAGGGAGGUGUCCAGCCUCGUGUCUGGAGGCCAGGGACAACCUCUCUGGUUACAUAAUUAUUAAAGGGAUUUUCUUCAGGAUUUAGGUGCUUAGGUCAUUAGGUGAUGAAGUAACGUGAGACAAUAAGAUAAUUAAGAAAUAAAAUGAAAUUUAAAAAACAGUAAAGUUUUUCUAUCGUGUUAGACAGUGAAUAAUGGCAAUGGAUCAUAAACAAGUACUUGCUGUUCAAAAUGCAGCCCAUCACAUGUAUGUUGUUGCUAACACAUUUAACAAUAAUAAAGGGACAAUAAUAAAAAGGGAAAUUUUGCCAUAUACUCUAUGCUAUAUAACCCACCAUAUGCCUGUCCUGGGGGAGGUUUGUGUAAGGCUUCUGAAAAUACCUUCUACUAAUUUAGGAGAAAAUCCAUCUAAACAGAGCCUGUACUGAAUUAUUCUUUGAAACUUGAAAUGUCUGAAAAACGAAUAGCUGCAGGUGUGACCAUAGGGUUAAGUCACUGAAGAUGUAUGUUGUGUGAUGUGAAAGGGAAUGGUGGACAAAGGCUUACACUACAAACAUGUAAUUCAGUACCUAUAUGUCCUAUUACAUGAUAUGCACAGUGUUUUAUCCACUCUGUCUGUAGCAUCAUCAAGUAGAAGCCAGGGUGAUCAAGGGUUUAAAUAAUGUUGAAAAUGUAAAACGAUUUUAAACACUCUCACUGUGGUAACAUGAGUGAAGAUACAUUUGCUCUUGCAAAGUGUUUUGAGGUUGUGUCAAAUACCUCUGCUCACUAUAGCCAGAAAGAAAUGCUAUCUUUUUAGCACGGGUCACAUUCAACAAGUGCCCAGGCUGUCACUGAAUGUACACUUGUCAUAGGAUAUCACAGCUUCCAAUUGCCACUUAGGCACAAGAGUCUCUUUAGUAUCAGUGUGAUCUUUGCAGAUAUGUGUAAAUUCUUAACUUUAUUAAACAAAUAACCCACACGAAGAAAUGUGUAUUUUGUUUUGUUUAAACGUGAUUUAAUCUGAAGGGAUGCAAAGGGAAGUAGAUGGACUGAGAGUCACCAGCAUUUGUAAUACAGUUCAAGGAAUGAGAGAGUGGAGGGUGAAAAUGGAUACUAUACAUGAAGACCAUAUUAUAAAUGAGGUCUCAGUAAGGCACUGCUCAUUUCCCAGAAAUGGUUAUGAUCAAAUGUAAUAAAACAGAGACUUCUGACUGAAUAUGUAUGGUUUGGUAUCCCACAACCAGCAGAAAUGAAAGGAGAAUGACCUGGGAAGUUUGUUGGUAAAGCUAAAAAAGGCUGACAGUUUAGCUGGUGUCUCGACAUUCACAAUGGUUGCGAUUAAAAAGUGAGGAUAAAUAUAUACAAAGGCUAUGUACCUUGAAAGACUGGUUAUGUUAAUGGUAACAAGUAAGAAACAAGGAAAUGACUGUGUUGUUAUGGAAUUCUUGAAGGACACUUUUGUUAUUUUUUACCCAAUUUGUCAAAAUGUUUUUUCUUUAAAGCUACAAAAAAUGUAGGUCAUGGAUAUAGCUAUGUUGAGGUGUAAAAUAUGAUAAACCUGUUUCUGAAAGAAGCUGGAUUAGACAUUAAGUAUGAAAAUGUUUGUUACUGAUGCUGAGUAAUAGUUCCUGGUAUUGACUAGUUGAUGAGACAUUUUAGAGGAAUAAAAUUAGACUUGAAAGCUU